UCAGAGCUGGGAAAAAAGGACUUGUAAAUUGCAGCGAUGUCAGUCCAGGUUGUGGCAGCGAAAAUGGCCGAGGUCGAAUUAAAAGACGUCCCCAGCAAAGAUCUCUCUCCUGUCUCGCCUAACGCAUCCAAGAAGGAUGACAAAGAGGGGACCAAGGCUGAGACCGUUGCGACGGUGUCCUCGGCUGCGUCUCCUAGCACGGAGCCCACUGUGAGAGCAGACCCGAGCCCCAACGCCACGAAGAUGCCGCAGGCUUCAGCAAUGAAGAGGACUGACCAGCAGCAGAACGGCGGGGAAGCGUUUGUAAAUCAAGACGGUACUGUUGCUGAAGCCCCGCGAAUGAAAAAGGAUAAAGAGAAGUGUAGUGACAAGCAGCAGGAGGGUCCGACAGAGGAAGCAGGACCUUCAGGUGGUCAGCAGAUCCAGUUUGCUGACCAGAAGCAGGAGUUCAGCAAACGGCCCUCCAAGAUCGGCCGCCGCUCUCUGUCUCGCUCCAUCUCCCAAUCCUCUACAGACAGCUACAGCUCUGCUGCGUCGUACACAGACAGUUCGGAUGACGAGACGUCCCCGCGCGACAAGCAGCAGAAGAACUCCAAGGGCAGUGCAGACUUCUGCAUCAAGAACAUCAAGCAGGCCGAGUUCGGACGCCGCGAGAUCGAGAUCGCAGAACAAGAGAUGCCUGCCCUGAUGGCGUUGAGGAAGAGAGCCCAGGGAGAGAAGCCACUGGCAGGAGCCAAGAUAGUGGGAUGCACACACAUCACCGCACAGACUGCUGUUCUGAUGGAGACCCUGUCUGCGUUGGGGGCUCAGUGUCGCUGGGCGGCUUGCAAUAUCUACUCCACCCAGAACGAGGUGGCAGCAGCCCUGGCAGAGGGAGGUUUCUCUGUGUUUGCCUGGAAGGGGGAGUCUGAGGAUGAUUUCUGGUGGUGCAUCGACCGCUGUGUCAACCUGGAAGGAUGGCAGCCAAAUAUGAUCCUGGACGAUGGAGGUGACCUGACCCACUGGAUCUACAAGAAGUACCCCAACAUGUUCAAGAAGAUCAAGGGCAUCGUGGAGGAGAGCGUCACCGGUGUGCACAGGCUGUAUCAGCUGUCCAAGGCGGGGAAGCUGUGUGUUCCCGCCAUGAAUGUGAACGACUCUGUCACCAAACAGAAGUUCGACAACCUCUACUGCUGCAGGGAGUCCAUACUGGAUGGGUUGAAGAGGACCACUGAUGUCAUGUUUGGAGGAAAGCAGGUGGUGGUGUGUGGAUAUGGAGAGGUUGGCAAAGGCUGCUGCGCGGCCCUGAAGGCCAUGGGCUCCAUCGUCUACGUGACCGAGAUCGACCCCAUCUGCGCCCUGCAGGCAUGCAUGGACGGCUUCCGCCUGGUCAAACUCAGCGAGGUCAUCCGGCAAGUGGACAUCGUUAUCACAUGCACAGGUAAUAAGAACGUGGUGGUGAGGGACUAUCUGGACCGCAUGAAGAACGGCUGCAUCGUCUGCAACAUGGGCCACUCCAACACCGAGAUAGACGUGGCGAGCCUGCGUACCCCUGAGCUGACCUGGGAGCGUGUGCGGUCUCAAGUUGACCACGUCAUCUGGCCCGACGGGAAGAGGAUAGUGCUACUGGCAGAGGGUCGCCUCCUCAAUCUCAGCUGCUCCACUGUGCCCACCUUUGUGUUGUCCAUUACUGCAACCACCCAGGCUCUGGCUCUGAUCGAGCUGUAUAAUGCACCAGAGGGGCGAUACAAACAGGAUGUUUACCUGCUCCCCAAGAAGAUGGACGAGUACGUUGCCAGUCUGCACCUGCCGACGUUCGAUGCCCACCUGACUGAGCUAUCGGAUGAACAGGCCAAAUAUCUGGGCCUCAACAAGAACGGGCCUUUCAAGCCAAACUACUACAGGUAUUGAAGGAGUGAUUGAGGAUGAUGAAGAAGACGAAGAGGAGGAGGGAGGAGGGGG